GCGUGCGUCAGUGUGUGUGAGAGUGUGCUAAAUGCAAAAAUUGUGCAUUAUUUUGCAAAUUAAAACUACGACGCGUGCGUUUGUCGUGUGAUGAUAUGCCACUUAAACAGCAGCUUGAACCGUCAUCUGUGCGGAUAUCAGUAUCCCUGCCUUGGGAUGCUGCCCAAAGGUUACGCCAAUUGGCCGCCGAUGGUAAUCCCACUCUGCGUGCCCUUGGCAUUUUGUCUGUGCAACCUGAAGGCGAUUCUGUGAUAACUUUAAAAGUUGCUGGACAAGAAAUACAAUUAACUAAGGAUAAAACAAAUGAAGUAGGUGUCGUUAUCGGUGGUGGUAGCAGUGGAGCAAUUGAGGCGGCUGGCACGUCUGCAGUUCCAAAGGCGGUACAAAAUUUCGAUGGCCCCAGUACUAGUAAGGCGGCCUCCGUAUUUUUGCAACAGCAACAACAAAAGAUCGUGCAACUGCCGCCAAAUGUGGCCGCAAAUGAAGCAAUCUCAAUUCAACACCAAACGCAGCAGCUGCAGCAGUUGCAGAGGCGACCACCGCCGCCUACGCCGCCUGUUUUCAAGUCACCGAAUACUGUUUGUCCCAUGGAGGGCAAGGUGCCGCUGCUCCCAGGUACGUCACAAGUACCAAAGGAUUUCCCCUUCGAGAGCAUGCGACAGGCUCGUGUCCUCCAGGGCAGAGAAACAUCGUCGGCAUCAGCGUCGUCACCCAGUAGCGCAAACUCUGCACUGGGACCGCCUUUGGCACCUCCUCCACCGCCGCCAAAUGUGACGUUGAAGGUGUUAAAGAAUUCCCCGCCCACAACACCGCCACAACUGGGCAUAAGUCCGGGUCCAGGUGCAGGUCCUGGUCCUGGUCCUGGUCUGGUUCCAGCGGGGUUAGGGCAAAAAUCUCAAUUUAUACAACCGCCACCGCCGCCAUAUCCCGGACUAGGAGCAGCAGGAGUAUCAGCUGUGGCAUCAUCGGCACCAACAACGCCAACUGCCAUGAGCUCACCGAAACAGCUGCCGCCACAACAUCAACAUUCUCAUCCGCCUCCACCGCCCCCGCCCACGGCCACAUCAACGGGCAGCAAUAAUAUAGCCAUAUCGUCGCCACUGUUGGUCAAUCUUCUACAGAACGAUGGCCAUGCCAUGACCAAUCAAAUGAAGUCACCCCAACAGCAGCCACAAUCGUCGCCGCUUAUACAGAUGAUGAGUCCCAGUGGACCGCAAAUAAUGAAUUCACCCAUGCGAUCAUCAGGUCCCACAACGCCAAAUGAUUUUAUGGGCAUGUCGGGAGAUGUGUUAAGUCCAGUGGUGCCAGCCUCACCUACAACUCCACAGCCAGUUGUGAUGAGGAGUAUACAACAACAACAACAGGCCAUGCUCAGUCCCAGCAAUGGCAAUGGGCAUCCAAUGUUUGCUCAACAGCAACAGACAUUAACAACUUCUGUGCCUGGACCAAUGCCUCCUCAGCAUCGUUUUCAGCAACAGCAGCAACAACAACAGGUGGUCCUGCGUCAGCAACAAUUGCAACGUCAGCAAUUGCAGGGAAUGCAACCUCGAUUUAUACAACCCACAAAUCAAUUGCAACCACAGCCUCAGCCCCAACAGCAAUUUCAACAAUCUGCACCUGAUUGUUUCAACAACAGUAACAUGGGUCUGAAUAUGUUGCAGCAGCAGCAGCAACAACAACAGCUGAGGCAACAGCAACAAAUGCGUGGUCUUGCUCCACCGCCGCCCCAUCCUCAACAGCAGCCGCAGCAGCGAAUGAUGACUUUGCCCAUGUCCCAGGCCUCGCCUCAGGGACAGCAACAGUUUAUUGGUGGUGCCUCACCGCUUGCCGCUCAUUCACCUGCUUCUAGCCAUCAUUCGUCAGCAAUGUUGAGUCCAUUGAUGGUCAACCAUCAACAGCAGCAGCAGCAACAACAACAGCAACCGCAGACGCAACAACAUCAUCAUCCUGCUACCACGGAACAACAUCAUGUACCUGCAGUGCCACCGCCAGACUAUAAUCAGGCGGCGGCCAAUUCACGUUGGCCAGCUCUUAAUAAGCCCAUGGAUUCGGCGACAAAAAGCAGUUUUCAAGAGUUUGCGCGUUAUCAAAUGCAAUAUAAUCUCCAGCAAGAGCAACAGCAAUUACCAACGUUGCCGCCUCCACCUCAUCAGCAGCAGCAGCAACAACAACAACCACAACAACAACAACAACAGCAGCAGCAGCAGCAACAACAAUUGCUGCAGUCACAACAACAACAGGUGGUGGUGGCAACGGCAACGUCUCAGGUUGUGGAUCCUUUGAUAUCGCUCUCUGAUUUAGAUGCCUUAACCACCAACGAUUUGGAUGCCCUACUGCCAACACUGAACUGUGAUCUGGAAUCGACGCUUAGUCUAGAAGAUAAAAACGAACUCGAAUCGUUGUUGCAGGAUGCCAAGGAUUUGGAUUUGGAUUUAAUUGAAGACAAUCUAUCGGCUGUGGGAAUGGAUGUGGGUGAUGCAUUGAGUACGCUGCAAGACGAACAGCAACCACAGCAGCAGCAGCAACAAAUAGUAACGUAUCAGCAGCAGCAGCAACAACAACAAUUGCAUCAACAACAGAUAUUGAUUCAACAGCAGCAACAACAACAACAACAACAACAGAGGCAACAGCAACAAAUCCAGCGGCAACAGCAACAACAACAACAGCAACAACAAAUGCAAAGACAAAUGCAAAUGCAACAGCAGCAACAAUUCCAAAUGCGCCAACAACAACAACAUCAAUUGCCAAUGCAACAGCAGCAGCCACAUAUAAAUCUGCAACAACAACAACAAUUAACUAUACAACAGCAGCAACAAAUAAGUCGUCAACAGCAACAGCAGCAGCAACAGCAACAACAUCCCACACAGCACAAGCAAUUUAUUAUUAAUCCUCAUACUGGUGAUAUGGAACCUAUGGCUAGUGAUGAUAGUGAUACAGAGGCCGAGCAGGAAACGGCCCAAUUGCAAUUACAGCAGUCGCAAUUUCGAACGACAAACAGCAGCAGCAGCGGCGGCAUCAACAACACGAGCAGCUUUAAUUUCAAUCCCGCCAACGAUAUGCCCAUGUUACCAACAAAUAUAUUCUCUGAAGAGGAUUCUAAUUCGGCGCAGCAAUUGUUGCCGCUGGCUGGCAGCAGCGAUCAAGAGCGUUCUAGGGAUUCUUUAGCCUCGAAUAAAUCCGCAACAGCGAGAUCAAGAAAAACACCAACAACCAUUCCUCUGCCAUUGCCUGUACAAAUGGUGGUGAAUCAAGGUGAAAAUUCACCACGCUCUAGUAAUAGUUCACCACAAUCGGUUGGAGGCGGAGCGAUGACAUCGUCAUCGACCUCGACAGUGAACAAAAAGGCCAAACCGAAUCUAUUGAGAGAGAAGUUGCAACAGGGAGUGGUGGCCAAGCCCAAAAGAGAACGGGCCAAAGGCAAUGCCAAGGCCAAGACAGCGGCGGCAGAAGAAAAAAUUAAAUUGCGUCUCAAAUUGGACACAAAUAAUAUGAUGGAAACGGCAACAGGAAUGCAACCUGGAAGUGGCGGUCAAUUUAAUAAUCAUCUUAUUAUCAAUCACCAGCAGCAGCAGACUCAAAUGAUGACAUUACACAACCAGCAGCCGCUGCAGCAGCAGCAGCCUCAAACUGUCUAUAGUAAUUUCCAGCCUCAGAUGCAGCAGCAACAACAAAACCAACAGGAACAACAACAACAAUCAGUGGGUCUAAAUGAACCCCGCGUUCCGCCUUUACAAAUACGCUUGCGUGGGAAAAAUUCCGUGGUUGUUAAAAAUACGCGUAAAGAGCGUAAAAAGUUGCAGACGCCAAAUAAUCCGAAUCCAUUGGAUACAGAUGAGACAAAAACCUUAAAACGUGUCUAUAGCGAGCAACAAAAUCUCGGUAUUACCAAUGAGUUGGGCGAACAAAAGCAGGUUAAGCUAACAGCCGGAGCAGCAACAGUUGUGCCCACAACAACAACAACAGCUCAAUUUAAUGGCCUACCCAUACUCAUACAGAAGACGACAACAAAUGCUGCUGCUGCCAGUGGUCUGCCAUCAUCUGCAGCAUCAACGAAUACGACAAAAACAACAACUAUAGUGGCGGGAAAAAAUGGUUUAACAAUCAGCGCCAUUGUAGAAGCGGCGCAUAAGGCACAGGCUCAAGCGCAGGCACAGGCACAGCAAGUGCAUCCUUCAACGGAUGGACAAAUUAUUGUUGGGUCAACAAAUACCGGUAUAACGCCAACAACACCAACAACAUUGCAGCAACAACAAUUGAGUAAAAUAGCCACAAGUUUGCCUAGUAGCAUAACAUUAAGUGCCAUUAGCACAGCCAAUAGUAACACAACAACCACCAAUAACAACAACAACAACAAUAAUAAUAAUAACAAUAAUAACAAUUUAGCAAAUGCCAGCAAUAAUAAUAACAAUAAUAACAACAAUCGCUUGAUUACCAUGAAAAAUCAACCAAUUAAGACUGCGGCAACCAUAACGCCCAUUGUGGGUGGCAAGCCGAUGACAAAAAACCAUAAGCCGCCGCCAUAUAUAACAGCAGUGCAACAGUUGCAAUUGCAAAAACAACAACAGCAGCAACAGCAGCAGCAGCAACAACAACAACAACAACAACAACAGCAACAACAACAACAGCGACAACUGGCGGCGGCCGUAACCAUGUUGCCCAGUGCAACAACAUUAAAACGUGUAGAGAUUACCAAGCCAGCGGCAGCAGCAGCCACGGCAACAGUUGCAAUUGCAGAAGCAGCCAUACCAACAACAGUAACAACACCAACACCAACGGUGGCGGCAACAGCAGCAGCAACCACAGCAACAACUCAGCUAAUUUGUGAUAGAAAAUUGCCAGCAGCAACAACAGCGACACCAACAACAACAGCAGCAGCGGGCGGAGCAGCAGCAGUAACAGCAGCAUCAUCGCCGGCAGCAAUGGCGGCGGCUACGUUACGUAAUUCACCAGCUAGCAAUGGUCAAAAUGGUGCUGGCGAAGAUAGCGGCAUAGAAUCCAUGGAUGCUCUAUCCGAGAAGAGUCCACAUCAAUUGGCCUCAAGUUCUCCCAUACAAGUAAGCAGGCCGGCAACAACAACAACAGCAACAGCAGCUAUGCCACCCUCAACAACAAAUGCAGUAGCAGCGGCAGCAACAAGUCAAUCAAUGGCAGCAAUUACACAAACAACAACAACAACUAUCAGCAGCAGCAAUAGCAACAGCAAUUCACAACAACAUCAGGCGACAGUAGCUGCAUCAACCGCCACCGCCGCCGUCGCCAAUGAUGAUGACAUUAAAAAGGCCCUAUCAAAAAUGGAUAAUGAUUUUCCUGUUGAUCUGGAAGAUAUUGUGGCUAGUGUAUUGAAAGAGGCAUCGGCGGCAUCUGCAGCCGCAGCAGCAGCAGCGCGAGCAACUGAAAAAAUGAAUGGCGAACAUCAUAAUAUACUCGAAAAUGAAAACGAUCUCAAUAAGAAACUUACAGAUAAUAACACAAACACAAAAGCAACAACAGCAGCAACGACGACAGUGCCAAUAAAAUCUGAAACUAAAAUAAAAGUGGAAAAAUUAAAAAUGGUCGAAGAUCUGCCGCCACUUUUAAGCCUAAAGAAAGAUGCUGUGACAACAAAAUUGCCGACAAAUGCUGCCGCUUCCGUUGCUGUUCAAAUAAAAGUUGAAACCAAAAUUGUUGACGCUGUGAAAGAGGAAAAAGGAGUCACAGCAGAUAUGGUUGAUCAUGAUGAUGAAUCUCCAGGCAAUAAUCUAGAACCAAUUUCCAUAGAAAUUCCAGCCACAACCGAUGCAGAUAAUACACCAAGAAUACGUACCAGAGCCAGUAGUCGUUUGGAGAGUCCUUUGGAUAGUAGUAGUAGUGCAUCUGGUAUAGCUGGUAAUAAAAAUAGCCCCGAGGUGAUAGGAACGGCAUCUAAAACUUUGUCACGAGCCUCCGCUAAUGCUAGUCCACGUCUGGGAACGCCUACACCCAUACACAAUAACAACAACAACAAUAGCAAAAGGCGACGCCAUGAAUCCGAAUGUGGCAGCAGUAAUGAUGCCGCCGAUUUGAAUGAGAAUCAACAAAGUAAAAAAGCCCGUAUAAGCAGCGGCGGCGGCGGCGGCGGGGGCAGUGGCAUCACAAAUGAUGUACUGACCACCACAUCUGCUGAUCCCAAGAAAUUGGAAAUUGAAUCUUCCGAUUCGGAUGAACCACUCAUUGAGGUAGCUGGCAAGGUGCGUAAUUCCAAAGCUCAAGUGGAGGCAGCAGCAGAGGCAGCGGCAGAGAAACAUGUAACACGGCGUAAUGUGCAGCAACAGCAGCAACAACAACCACUGAAAACUGUCAAUACCCUAAAUCCAACCUUAACUCUCGGACCAAAGACGACAGGAAAAGGUCAACCGGGACUUGUGACAGCAAAUAGCAACCACAGCAAUGUUGUAGCUACUAGCACCACCGCCAACACCACCAACACCAACACAAGUAACCACAACAUUCUACUAACAGUGGCCUCUCCAACAACAACAACUGUAACUGCAACAACAACACCUGCAGCAACAACAACAACAACAACAACAGGUGUUGCUGCCGCUACUGUUGGCGGUGGUGGUGUGGCAACAAGUAUUGUUAUAAAUAGUAGCAAUGUUGUACAUGCAACACGUGGUGCAACUGCUGCAGCAGCCACCACGAUCAACAAUACGCCAUUUCAUGGAGCUGCCAAUGCCAAUGCCGGCACUGCCAGUUCCCCCACCGAUGAAAAAAUUGGCACCCGACGUAGUGUUAGAGCUAGCGCUGCAGCCAAUAAAUUCAUCAAUAGCCGCAGCAAUGCAGCUGCAGCGGCUGCCGAAACUAAAAAUACGCCUGGCAAAGCAGGAGGAACCUUAGGUGGAGGAACAGCAGCCGGAUCAGUUACUAUGCCAAAUAAUGCCAAUAAUGCUGGAAGUUUGGAAAGUGUUGCCGAAGCCAGACGUAAAACCCGCAGUGCAGUCAUUGGUGAAUCCAUGUUGACCGAGGGACGACGGAGAAGAACAUCGCGUGACUACAAGUGACCAGAGUUUUGCGCCUUGGCUAAAGGUUUAAAUAAUGCAAGCGAACAUUCAAUUGACGAAGAUCUAAUGGAGCUGAUGGAGCUGGAUGAUGAUGAUGAUGUACAGCAACAGGAGUUGCUUGUCAUUAGCCCCAGCAGUACCAACAUCAGCAGCAGCAACAGCAACAGUUUCCCUUUGGCCCAGGCGCAAAACGAUGUUAAUGGUGAUAAUGAUGAAAUUAAUGAUGAUAUUGCAGUGUUAGAAGAGGAGGAAGAUGUAGUGGAAGAUUUAACCGAAUUAAGCAAUCAUCAUUUUCGUCAUCAUCAUCAUUGGGGCAGAAGCAGCAGGAGCAGUAGCAGCAAUGCCACCGCAGCCGAUAUUGAAGUUGAUGGUCUGCUUAUGCCAGAAUUAGCCAAUGCCACAGCCUUGGAUUGUGACAAUUUUGUGGACUACGAUGAGUUCAAUUUGUGUCUCAAUAAUAUACUCAGCGAAGAGGAAGACGACGUUCAUGUCGUAGGCGGCGGCAACAGCAGCAGCAGCGGAGGCGGCGGCUCCGUUUUAAUCGAUGGCAAUAGCAGCAGCAAUGGCAAGUCAUCUCUCCACCACCAUCAUCAUAAUCAUCAGUCACAUUGGCGAGAUGCUGGCGAUGUGCUUAAUAUUAUGCAGCUAAACAAUGAAUUGGGCCUGAGUUUUCAGGAAUUUGCCAAUGAGACGACAACAUCAGCCGCCGAUGAGCAGCGCUCCGUAAGCAACAGUUCGCCACAGUUGGCCUAGAUUUGUGCACAUCAACGAAAUGAAUGAAUGCGAAUUUGAAUUGAUGGUAUUCUUCUCUUUUGUUUAUUACAAUUUUUGGCCAACUAAUUUUUUUUAACAGUCAGUCACCAAUUUCUUUUCCGAAUGCCAAUCAAAAACACAAAAGCCAAAUGAUAUAGUCGAUAUUGACAUUUAUUAAACAUUUUUCCUUAUUAUUUA